UCAGCCAAUGAGAGGGCAGAGAAUGGGGCAUUCCUGCCCCUCUCCUAGGGUUAUUGGCUGCAGGGUCUGCGGCAGUUCCGGGGUUAAAAUUCCACUAAAGAUCGAGCUAUAAAACCGGGAGAUCAGCGCCCCUAACAGCUUCUUUCUUUCUUUUCUUAUCCACCCGGGAACAGAAAUAUUCGUUUCCACAAUGCAAGGAAAGAGAUUCGUUUUACUUUUAAAACUUCACUGUAUUCUUUGCUUGGUUUCUGCAAUUCAAAGAAAGGAUCUUUUUCCGUUUGGUUCACACGCAGGGGACCUUACCCUUCAAGAAGGCGACGAUGAAACCUCUGCAGUUAUAAGACUCAAAAGCCCACUUGUUUUCUAUGAUACACACUUCAACAAUCUUUACGUAGGGACGAACGGUAUCAUUUCCCUGCAAGAUUUGCCCAGGGAGACGCAGUAUGUAGAUGAUGGAUUCCCAUUCGAUUUCCCGGUGAUAGCGCCCUACCUGUCCGACAUCGACACAAGUCGUGGCCGAGGACGGAUUUACUACAGAGAAGACGAUUCUUCAGAUACUCUGGACCGCGCCGGCCAAGAAAUCAGGAAAGCCUUUCCCCGGAGCUCAGUCACUCCAACCAACACUUUCAUCGCCACUUGGGAGAACGUGGCGCCUUAUGAGGAAGUGACGCGUUCGACACCCUCUUCUAACAGGUUCAACACCUUUCAAGCGGUAUUGGCUUUUGAUGAAUCAAAUUCCUACGCAAUUUUCCUCUACCCGGAGGAUGGCUUGCACUUCUUUGGGACGCGUCCAAAAGAAUCCUACAAUGUUCAGAUCGAGUUACCCGCUCGGGUCGGCUUCAGCAGAGGAGAAUCAGAGUACACACAAUGGAGACGAGAAAGUUCCUAUUAUAGUAUUACCACCAAUGAACAAUCUGUUAAAAAUCUCUAUCAGAAAGGCAAUUCAGGUACUCGAGGAGUAUGGGCUUUUCAUAUUGGUGGAACUUCAUCCUUCAACAAUAUAAUGCAAGCAAAAUUCAGCGGGGAGACUUCAGGAGAGGAUCAUAUUGUUACUUUGGAUAGUUCCUUGAGAGGUCCAGUUAUCCCUGUUUCACAGGAAUCUGAUUAUGCAGAAAAUGAAGAUUACAGGCACCAUUAUGACAAUGAAGAGUCUGAGUACACACCCUCCAUUUCCAUGGCACCUCAUGGAAGAGUUGCUGGUAUUCCCGAUGAUCCACCGUAUCCAGAUGCAGGCAUUAUUCCAUCCUAUCCUGAAGGCUAUCCCGAGGCAGGCGUCAUGUCAUCAUAUCCCGAAUCUGGGGCUUUUUCAUCGUACCCAGAAAGAGGCCCUGAGGUUGGGACCAGGAUGACGUACCCCAAUGGAUACUCAGAAAUUGUGCCUAGAAAUCAGUUACCAGUUACCUCAGGCAGACAUGUUGUCAGCGUGGAUGAAGAUGCAGAGCUUGGCACUGGUGUCUUUACUUACAAUACAGGUUCAAAGGAAACUUGUGAGAGAAACCAGAAACAAUGUUCCCAGAAUGGCUACUGUACUGAUUACUCUAGUGGAUUCUGCUGCCAUUGCCAGUCUGGUUACUAUGGCAACGGAAGGCAAUGCCUACCAGAAGGUGUUACUCAGCGUGUGAAUGGAAAAGUAAAUGGAAAAUUAAUGGUAGGAGACAGUCGAAGGCCUGUGGAGUUUAAGAAUGCUGACCUGCAUGCAUAUGUAGUUAUAAAUGAUGGGCGAUCCUUUACAGCAAUUAGCCAAAUUCCUGGGUUAGCAGGCUGGGCCAUGCAAUCGUUGUCAAUAAUUGGAGAUCUUUUUGGAUGGCUGUUUGCUUUGCAGCAGCCAGGCUUCAAAAAUGGCUUUAGCAUUGCAGGUGCCAAAUUUAUUCGCAAUAUUGAUAUCACCUUUUUUCCGGGCAAUAAACAGUUAAAUAUAAUACAAAUAGCUCGGGGUUUGGAUGCACAGAAUUAUCUCAGUGUCACUACUGAGAUUGAGGGAGAGUUGCCCGAUAUUGCUGCAGGAGCUUCAGUCCAGGUCCAGCCAUAUAAUGAAGUUUACUACCGUUCCAGUUCUGCAAUUACCUCUACAACCUACAGAGAAUAUUCUGUUGAAUCUGGGAAUGGUGAGACACAGAGACUCCGUUACCAAUUGAAGCAGAACAUUACCUAUUAUGACUGUGAGCAUGCACCAAAGACCAUUCCAGAAGCCCAACAACUUGAUGCAGAGCGUAUAUUUGUUUUAUAUAAUCAGAAUGAACAGGUGGUCAGAUAUGGGAUGAUCAGCCAGAUUGGACCGGUCAGAGAUAACUCCAGGCCCGUACGAGUAAAUCCGUGUCAGGAUGGAACCCACGGCUGUGAUCCAAAAGCACAGUGUUACCCGGUGAAUAACCACGAUCACAUCUGCAAAUGCACACCAGGCUAUGAAGGAGAUGGCAAAGUUUGCACAGAAAGCAGUGAACGUCCAAAAACGCCUUGUGAACAGCAAAGAGAGAGACUGCAGGCAGAGAGCCUUCAUGGGGCUCUUGUUGGCGUUCACAUCCCUCAGUGUGAUGACGAGGGGAACUUCAGGCCGAUGCAGUGUCACAACGGUACAGGAUACUGCUGGUGUGUGUACGAGAAUGGACAGGAGGUUCCCGGGACGAGGACAGCCCCUGGAACUGGUCAGCCACGCUGUGAGCUCCCAUCAGUCAAUGAGCGUCCGAAGUCUGCCUGUGAGCAGCAGCGAGAGCGGUUAGAAACAGAGAGGAGCCUGCGUGGGCCUCUUCUGGGAGUCCACAUCCCUCAGUGUGACGACGAGGGGAACUUCAGGCCGAUGCAGUGUCACAGCAGCACCGGCCACUGCUGGUGUGUGUACGAGAAUGGACAGGAGGUUGCAGGGACGAGAAGAGCCCCCGGAUCUGGUCAACCACAUUGCGGACAGCCAGACAGUGAGCGUCCGAAGUCUGCCUGUGAGCAGCAGCGAGAGCGGUUAGAAACAGAGAGGAGCCUGCGUGGGCCUCUUCUGGGAGUCCACAUCCUUCAGUGUGACGACGAGGGGAACUUCAGGCCGAUGCAGUGUCACAGCAGCACCGGCCACUGCUGGUGCGUGGAUGAAAAUGGACAGGAGGUUCCCGGGACGAGGACAGCCCCUGGAACUGGUCAGCCACGCUGUGGGGUGCCAGUGACCUACGAGCACCCGAAGUCUGCCUGUGAGCAGCAGCGAGACCGAAUACAAGUGGAAAUGAGCCUGCGCGGGCCUCUCAUCGGACUCCACGUCCCUCAGUGUGACGAAGAAGGCAACUUCAGGCCGAUGCAGUGUCACAGCAGCACAGAAUACUGCUGGUGUGUGUACGAGAAUGGACAGGAGGUUCCUGGGACGAGGACAGCCCCUGGAACUGGUCAGCCACGCUGUGGGGAGCCAGUGACCAAUGAGCGUCCCAAGUCUGCCUGUGAGCAGCAGCGAGAACGGACGCAAGCGGAGAUAAGCCUGCGUGGGCCUCUCGCUGGACUCCACAUCCCUCAGUGUGAUGACGAGGGGAACUUCAGGCCGAUGCAGUGUCACAGCGGCACAGGAUACUGCUGGUGUGUGUACGAGAAUGGACAGGAGGUUCCCGGGACGAGGACAGCCCCUGGAACUGGUCAACCACGCUGUGGGGUGCCAGAAACCAGCGAACGCCCAAAGACUGCUUGUCAACAGCAGCAAGAGCAACUGCGAGCAAUAUUGAGCCUGCGCAGUCCCAUUUCUGGACUCCACAUCCCUCAGUGCGAUGAAGAAGGGAACUUCAGGCCAUUGCAGUGCCAUCACAGCACGGGAUACUGCUGGUGUGUCCAUGAAAAUGGACAGGAAGUUCCAGGAACUAUGACACCUCCUGGAAUAAGUCAACCACAUUGUGACCAGCCAGGAGACAAUGAGCGCCCUAAGACUGCCUGUGAGCAGCAGCGAGAACACUUAGAAACGAUGAGCCGGCAUGGGUCCCAGCCCCUGGUUGGUGUCCACAUCCCUCAGUGUGACGACGAGGGGAACUUCAGGCCGAUGCAGUGUCACAGCGGUACAGGAUACUGCUGGUGUGUGUACGAGAAUGGACAGGAGGUUCCCGGGACGAGGACAGCCCCUGGAACUGGUCAGCCACGCUGUGGACUUCCAGACAGUGAGCGCCCAAAGUCUGCCUGUGAGCAGCAGCGAGAGCGGUUAGAAACAGAGAGGAGCCUGCAUGGGCCUCUUCUGGGAGUCCACAUCCUUCAGUGUGACGACGAGGGGAACUUCAGGCCGAUGCAGUGUCACAGCAGCACCGGCCACUGCUGGUGCGUGGAUGAAAAUGGACUGGAAAUUACUGGGACUAGGACAGCACCUGGAUCUGCUCAACCACGUUGUGGGCUUCCAGACAGUGAGCGCCCAAAGUCUGCCUGUGAGCAGCAGCGAGAGCGGUUAGAAACAGAGAGGAGCCUGCAUGGGCCUCUUCUGGGAGUCCACAUCCCUCAGUGUGACGACGAGGGGAACUUCAGGCCGAUGCAGUGUCACAGCAGCACCGGCCACUGCUGGUGCGUGGAUGAAAAUGGACUGGAAAUUACUGGGACUAGGACAGCACCUGGAUCUGCUCAACCACGUUGUGGGCUUCCAGACAGUGAGCGCCCAAAGUCUGCCUGUGAGCAGCAGCGAGAGCGGUUAGAAACAGAGAGGAGCCUGCAUGGGCCUCUUCUGGGAGUCCACAUCCCUCAGUGUGACGACGAGGGGAACUUCAGGCCGAUGCAGUGUCACAGCAGCACCGGCCACUGCUGGUGUGUGUACGAGAAUGGACAGGAGGUUCCCGGGACGAGGACAGCCCCUGGAACUAAUCAACCACGCUGUGUCUUGCCAGUUUUAACAAGCAAUGAACGCCGCAAAGCUGCAUGUGAAAAGCUGCGAGAGAGAUUACAAACGGAUAUGACUAUGUUCGGAUCUGAACCUCGGGUGGGUGUCCACAUCCCUCAGUGUGACGACGAAGGGAACUUCAGGCCGAUGCAGUGUCACAGCAGCACCGGCCACUGCUGGUGCGUGGAUAAAAAUGGACUGGAAAUUACUGGGACUAGGACAGCACCUGGAUCUGCUCAACCACGUUGUGGGCUUCCAGUGGCCAAUGAGCGUCCCAAGUCUGCCUGUGAGCAGCAGCGAGAACGGACGCAAGCGGAGAUAAACCUGCGUGGGCCUCUCGUUGGACUCUACAUCCCUCAGUGUGAUGACGAGGGGAACUUCAGGCCGAUGCAGUGUCACAGCAGCACAGGAUACUGCUGGUGUGUGUACGAGAAUGGACAGGAGGUUCCCGGGACGAGGACAGCCCCUGGAACUGGUCAGCCACGCUGUGGGGAGCCCGCAAAUGAACGCUCGAAGUCUGUCUGUGAGCAGCACCGAGAACGGGUGGAGUCAGAGAUGCGUGGGUCCCAGCCCCUGGUUGGACUCCACAUCCCUCAGUGUGAUGACGAGGGGAACUUCAGGCCGAUGCAGUGUCACAGCAGCACAGGAUACUGCUGGUGUGUGUACGAGAAUGGACAGGAGGUUCCCGGGACGAGGACAGCCCCUGGAACUGGUCAGCCACGCUGUGGGGAGCCAGUAUUGACGGAAAAUCCAAAGCCACCUUGUGUAGAGCUGCGGGAUCAAGUGCAGGCGGAGCUCAGUCAGAGCAGGCCUCGACCUGCUGUCGGUGCGUACAUCCCUCAGUGUGAUGUCGAAGGCAACUUCAAGCCUCUGCAAUGUCACAGCAGCACAGGGCAGUGCUGGUGCGUGGAUGAACUGGGGCAAGAAAUCUCUGGGACUAGGACUCUUCCUGGAAGCGCUCAUCCACAAUGUGGGCUGCCAGAACCCUUACAGCGUCCGCAGACAGUGUGUGAGCGCUGGAGGUUCAGCCUUCUGGAACACUAUGGUGGCAGACCAGCUGAUGACCAGUAUGUACCUCGGUGCACAGAGUUUGGAGACUUCAGUCCUUUGCAGUGCCAUGGAAACAGUGGUUAUUGUUGGUGUGUGGAUAAAGAUGGUCGAGAAAUUCAAGGAACACGGACUGAACCUGGCACUCCACCAGCAUGUAUACCAACUGUUGCACCUCCCACCACUCAGCCAACUACAGCAUCGGUUAUGACUGUGCCACCCACAGGGGUCUUCCUUUUAUAUGCUCAGGGACAGCACAUUGGGUACCUGCCGCUGAAUGGUACUCGGCUAAACACAGAAGAAGCCAAGAGCCUGUUAGCUCUUCAUGGUUCAAUUAUUAUUGGUAUUGACUAUGACUGCAGGGAUAAGAUGGUUUAUUGGACGGAUGUUGCAGGCCGAACUAUCAAUCGAGUUAGUUUGGAACCUGGUGCAGAGCCAGAAAUAAUCAUUAAUACAGGACUGACUAGUCCUGAAGGACUAACCAUAGACUACAUCCACAGAAACCUGUUUUGGACCGAUAGUGGAUUAGAUAAAAUAGAAACAGCUGCAAUCGAUGGGUCCAAACGGCGAGUUCUUGUUGAUACUGAUCUGGUAAAUCCCAGAGCAAUUGUAGUGGACUCUCAUAGUGGUAACCUUUACUGGACAGACUGGAAUCGUGAAGCUCCUAAAAUUGAAACUUCUCAUUUAGAUGGUACUAAUAGAAGGAUAUUAGUUAAAAAUGAUAUUGGAUUGCCCAAUGGGUUGACAUUUGACCCAUUUUCCUCACAACUCUGCUGGGCUGAUGCUGGAACCAAAUAUCUGGAGUGCAUAUUUCCAGAUGGGACAGGAAGACGAGUAGUGCAGAGUGGUCUAAACUAUCCUUUCAGUAUUGUUGCCUACUCAAAUCAUUUUUACUACACAGACUGGAGAAGAGAUGGGAUUAUUGUUGUGCCUAAAGAUGGCAGCCAGAUUACUGAUGAGUACCUACCCGAUCAGAGAUCACAUCUAUACGGAAUAACUGUUGCUUACCCUCGUUGUCCAUAUGGAAGAAAAUAAUGUCCCUACUGAUAAUGGCAACAGUUUUUCAUCAUUCUAUAUAUGGAGGGUGCUAUUUGGAUCAGGGCGCUGCAGACAGAAGUGAAUUCCGUUACCCCUCACCACCCCCUAUUAAGUAAGAGAAUCAAAACAAAAAUGAAAACAGAAUAACUAUUUUUGUUAAUUUUCAUACCUCAUUACUUAAAAGAAAACCACUACCAUACUUACUGUUAAAUUUUAGACAAUCACUGCCUAGUAUAAAUACCAGCACACGAGCCCUCUAAUUUUGAAAUUAUAAGAACAGUAACUUUAAGCUGUUGAGGCUUUAGGGAAGUAAUAUUUUUCUAAGUUUACAAAUUCUUUUUCUUUUCAAUUAUCGCAUUUCUAUAUUAUCUUAACCACCUUAAGUCUAACCAUCUUUCUAAAUCUUGACAUCUAAAGGGAGACAAUAAUUAUCAGUUUAUUUGCCAGGUACCAUAUAGUUGUUGGCCUGGUCAAGGUUAGGGAUUUUUUAGUUGUUUGAAUACAGCAUUUGAUAACAAAAAGCACAAAAAACAGUUGCAGAUUAUUGUACAUAUUCUUACUUAACCAAUACUUGAUAAAAUUUUCUAGAAAGGGUACUUUAAAUAGGCAGCAAUCUGAAACAAAGCAAUAACUGGAUUUUUGAGAAAUGUGUAUCAACCAUGAUGCAUUUGUUCAAAGUGAAACCGUAAGUUUAAAAACCCCUUCAAAGGAAGAUGAAAAUGGAAAAAAACUGUCAAAAUUCUUGUCCACUUGGCACCAAGUCCUUACAAAGUGUUCCCAACAAUUGGAGAGGUUUUCCAACCAUGGUUGCUUUAAAAAAAAAAUCAGGUUAUUUAAUAAGGGAAACAAAUAUUUUUUCUGGCAGUUAGUUCAUUUUUGGUGAUCUCAAAUAUUUUUAUGGUUUAGUAAUAUGCAGUAUUUGUUACUAGGAGUUGUAUUAAAUAUAUCUAAUGAUUUUGCAAUUAAUGUGAUGAGAAGUCCAGAAGAGCAAUCUCUUAGAACACAUUUUGUACUGGAAUUCAGACAAUUGCAUAGUUGAAAGAGCAGGAGAUGCAGAUUAAAAUCAAAAUAGCAUGGAAAGAAGCUUGAUAUUAACUUUUUCUUUAUCAUUAAGAUGCAGUGGGUGCAUUUGAAAGAUUGGACCCAAAUAGUUUGUUAGCACUAACCUCCCUAGGUGCAAAUGGGAUUGGACUUAUUUUUAAUGAUUAUUCAUAUAAAAUUCAAAUUUUUUUAAAAAAUAUGCUUACCUCAAGAUUUUUCCAGGAAAUUCUAUGAUCUCUUCAAUUUACAUCUUCAACUUUAAGGAAUUGAUCUAAAGUCUGUAUUGUUAGGUUAAUGUAAAUGCUAUUAGUAGUUGGCCUGAUUUAUAAAAAUUAUAUUGCUGCAAAAUAAAGGAGGUCUGUUCCCCAAGCUAUUGUAGCCUUUUAGAGUUGUGCUUUAAGCUAUAGCCUGGGAGUAGGCAGAUUUUUCACAGAAUCAGAAAAUAUUUGUUUCUUCAGUCUAACUUUGAAUAAUUCUUGGAAGCACCACAAUCAUACUGUUACAGCAUAUAAACAUGGCAGGUUACUAAAGCACCACAGCUGCCUCUACAAGCAAUUGACAAGCUACCCAGAUGAAAGUGGACAAGGGGAUUGAAAAGUAAUGAUUCCUUCUACACAAGCAGCACUGAUUUUCUUUUUACAAACAUUAGGCUAUCCCUCAGUUUGAAAUUUAAACAAAUUCUGAUGAAAAAGCAGCACACACCUCCUUAAGCAAUUCUCAAAUGAUCAAUAUACUGUUUAUCACUGAAAAAUAAAUUAAGCCGUUCUAGCUGUAGUAUUCACUGUGAGCUAUUAUGUUGAUUAGUACAUAUUCUCAGAUGAUUUAUGCACCAGUAAAUAUUUGAUUAAAUAAAUCUGUUCUUAAAAAAUCUAUUAUUUUGUAUUUGUUUCAUGCUAAAGUAUAAGAUCUACUGUUGUCCCAUGCAAAUUAUUUUUCUUGUAAAGGCAUAAAAUAAUUGACAGAAUCUAAACAGUUUAAUUUUAUACUUCUAUCCAUUUCCUUUUGUAAAGUGUAUAUACCAUCUAAAACAUGAUUAAGUAGACAAAAUCAUUGUUAUGCACACUCUUGUACUUUGUUCCAACUUGACAAUAAAGUCAUCUUUUAAUUUCUGA